AUGAGUACUCCACUUAAAUCAUCAUCAACAACAUCUUCAACUAUAUCAUCGUCACAUUCUGGGUCAUCGGAAUCACUGUAUGGUGCAGAUGCAACUCAGCGAAUCAAUUUUUGGAAAGAAGAAGCUUCGAAAUGGGAGAAACUAAGUAUGAAGUAUAUGGCCGAGUCACAAGAUCUUCGUACUAAAUUAGAUGAUUUAAGGCAAAAAUAUAAUGAUUUGUUAACAAGUACAGGGUCAUCUCCAUCAACAAUAAAUAAUAAUAAUAGUUUAAAUAAUAAUAAUAAUCAUAGUCAUAAUAAUAGUCAUAAUAAUAAUAAUAGUUUAAGUGUUAAUAAUAGUAAUUAUAGUAAUAGUAAUAAUAUAAAAGGAAAGAAUUCACCUUCAUCUUAUAAUGUCAGUGUUAGUCCAAUGAUGAUCAACGGCAGUGUUGGUAGUGCCGGCAGUUUCUCACAAUUGACACUCGGAGGAUCGCUCGAUCUACAACCAUCGUCACCACCAAACAAAAGUGGAAAUGGUAAUGUCAAUAUCAAUAACAAUAAUAACAAUAACAAUGGCAGUAACAGCAGUAGCAGCAGUAGCAGUAGUAACAAUAGUAAAGAAGGUGGAAAUGGUGUUGGAAGUUACAGUGGAUCGUCGGCACCAAUUCCAGUCAGUAGUUCAAGCUUAGGAAAUGGCAAUGUAUUUAGUAGUGGCAAUGGUAAUAGUUAUAGUAGCAACGGUAAUGGUAAUGGUGUCAACAUCGGUGUUGGUGGUGGAAGUAGCAGUAGCAAUCUCGAUCCAAAUGGAAUCUCCAACAAUGAAAAGAAGAAAAAGAAGUGGAACCUCAUUAAAUUCCUUGACAAAGGUAAAGUCUCAAAUGGAAGUAACAACAGCAGCAAAAAGGAUCCAACUAUAAGCAACGAAGGAGACGAUCAUAUUUCAACUGGAUUCACCUAUGAUGAACGUGGAUUAAGUACUCAUUAUCAUCAUUUACCAAAAUUACAAAUUAAACCAAUUAGACAAAAAACCAAGAGUUAUGUUAAAUUCUCUGGACCUGAUUAUCCACCUCAUACAGAGGUCAAUGUUGUUGCAGGUGGACCAAAGACAUUGUAUCAAGUUGCCUAUGGUGAUUCUAUCCAUGCUUUGUCAACUUCUACCUAUCCCUAUUCAAAGGGAUCGGUCGGUAGAGAUGGUGACCCAAUUGCCGAUCGUUAUAAUUGUGUUGUCUAUGAGAAUCGUUUGAUCACAUGUCUGGCAGAUGGUUGCAAUUGGGGUGUUCUUCCAAAGGAAGCAGCUCAGAAAGCUUCCGAGGCUUUCAUCGAGCAUGUCAUCUCAAAGAAUGACACAAUGCACGACGUAAAGCAAGUCGGAAAGAUCUUGUUUGGCGCAUUUGAGAAUGCCCAUAACUCUAUUAUGAAAGGCAAGGGUGAAUACUGGGAAGCUGGAACUACAACUUUGCUCGGUGGAAUCCUGCUGGAGAUCAACAAAGGUGACGACAAGUGGUCGCCAGAGUGGGAGUUUGUGCUGGCGUCUGUCGGUGAUUGUAAAGCUUAUCUCAUCACCGAGGGAGAGAUCACCGAUAUCACAGAGGGUAAUCGUAUCUCACUCGAUCCAAAGGACUGUGGUGGUCGUCUAGGUCCACAUCUCGAGGAGGGCAAACCCGAUCUGAGAAACUUGAAUAUAUUCUGUGCCAGUGUCAACUAUGGUGACAUCAUUCUUCUUGUGACUGACGGUGUCUACGAUAACCUUGACCCGCUCCACCUCGGAAAGACACCGGCCGACAUGUCGCGAGAGUUCAAUCUCUCCGGAGCAAAGUGGGCCGAUGUCGAUCUCUCCAAGGCUGCACAAGCCAAGACAGCAUUCACCACUGCUUUCCUAGAGACAAUGUUGGCUGGUUUGAAGACACCCGCCGAGAUUUCACAUCGUUUGAUCAACCAUUGUUGGGAUACCACCAUAACAUCACGUGAAUUCCUCGAGUCGAAUCCAGGCAAACGUCUGCCAACCGACUACGAAACCUACCCAGGAAAGAUGGAUCACACUACAUGUAUCUGUUUCCGUGUUGGACACUUUGAGAUUCUUGGCGACGACGCUGCCAGCACCAGCAGCGGAACCACCGCCAAGUCGUCGACCUCCAAUUUGACACCUUCGCCAAGCAUGACAUCGUCGUCGCCGGGACAGUCGACCAACUCUCCAUCGCCAACCUCUAUAACUCCAAACUCGACUUCACCAACACUUCACUCACAGCUGUUACAACGCGAAAUCUCCAACUCUGGUGGAUCGCCUCAAAAGGACUGGGUCAAAACUACACCGUCCAACCACAAACAAAUCAUGAAUACAUCUGUCAACUCUACACUUCCAAUUUCCUUUCUAAAGAAAGAACAUUCAUUUGAACAUCAAAAUCCACUUUUACCAUCCGAUUCAUCACCUUCUACAUCCUCUUCAACAUUGAUACCAAAUGGUGCCGAUGAUAAUAAUAAUAAUAACAACAAUAAUAAUAAUAACAAUAACAAUUCUCCUCAAUCUAGUCCUAGAUCUCCAUAG